GGACGAUAUGGUACCGUUUUCACUCACCGCCGCGAACUUCCACCCUACUCUACUGGCAGAGGGCUAUAUUCACCUCAGAUCUCUCUCCCAAUGCCAUUAAUGAGUGACUUUAUGAAUAGCGCAUGGUUAUGAAAAGGAAUUUCCCGUAGAAAUUGGUGUAGCUAAAGUCACUCACUGAAAGCCGCUGGUGGCCCCAGGAGGGUGGUGUAGUUUAAGGAGAGGCUGGCGCUCCUAGGGGUGGCGUGGAAGCGGUAGCCCUAAGUCGAGCGGCUCUGAAGGGAGGUUGCAUCGUAACGUCGUGUCCCGCUUUCCAUGGAGGAUUCCACAGUUUUCGGCUGUCCAUAAAAUUCGAGUGAAAGUUUCGUCCCCGUGACCUGUGCGUUGUUGAUCGUGAAUUCGGUAUGUACCAUCAGUGAUUCUAUGUGUUCUUGCUGCCUUGAGUCGCAUUAUAAUCAUGUCUGAAACCGAAUCUCCGAUCGAAUGUGCGAACCCACGAAAUUCUGACGUGGCUGUGGUCGCCCAGGAGAGUGCGCAGAAAUCUGAUUGGAUAUCUAGUGAAGAGCUCUCAACGGCGGGCAGCAGUGAUGAGGAUGAUCACGAUUUCACGGCUAAUUUGAAGAAACGUGCGAAGAAAAAGAAAAAGUCUGCCGAGCAGCAGCAAAUCGUCGCGGAGGAAGGAAGCCUUAUUCCUGAUGUAAGGCCGAAAACCGUUGAUGAUAAUCCAGAACCUUCAUGA